AUGCUUCUGGUGUUUGCUAAAGCGAGUCGACGAUAUUACUCACACCUUCCAGAAAAGGUAUCAACACUAGCAAAAUUCAAUUUUCCAUUGGCUACAAAUAGCAUAAAGUCUGUUACUGACAAUAUCAAUGAUUUCAUAAACAAGAAGCAGAAAGUUACACUCAAUGGACAUAUACACCGAAAGGCUAGGAUACGGCCUACUUUAAGUUUUGGAUUCUUACGUGACUGUAAUGGCGAAACUGUUCAAUUCAUCGCUAAUGAUUCAACUAAGGACAAGAUCAUGGACACAAUGAAAAGCCUCACUGUUGAAGAGUCUGUCAGUAUAACUGGAUAUGUACAACCAAAGCAAUCGAAAGAAGGAGAAUCAAAAAGCUGGGAAUUGGUUUUGGAGGAUAUUCAGGUUUUGAAUCUGUCAAAUAUAGACGCGCCAAGACUCGAAAAGCUUAAGCAAACUAGACCAGAAGACUUGCCUCCUCAAUUUAGAUACUUGCAAUUACGCACUGCAUUCUAUCAAAAUGCUUUACGAGUGAGGAGUAAAAUUGCUCAGUCGGUUCGGAAGGUACUUGUGGAUGAUCAUGACUUUGUUGAAAUUGAAACACCAUUAUUAUUCAAAUCAACUCCAGAAGGGGCACGAGAAUUCGUAGUCCCUACAAGACAACCCAACCAAUUUUAUGCAUUACCUCAGUCUCCUCAACAAUAUAAACAGAUUUUGAUGAGUUCUGGUUUUACAAAGUACUUUCAGAUUGCAAAAUGCUUUAGGGAUGAGGAUUUAAGAUCAGAUAGACAACCUGAAUUUACUCAAAUAGAUUUGGAAAUGAGUUUCGUAAAUAGCUCUGACCAGGUUAUGAAGGUUGUUGAAGAUGUUGUCUUGAGUAUUUGGGAGAAAGUUAAGCAAACCAAUGUAUACACCUUAAAUGGGAGUGAUGAGUUGAUCAGAAUCAAUGCUGGGAUCGAGGGGGUACAAUUGUCAAAAUUGAAUUAUUUGACAGCUUUGCAAAAAUAUGGUAUUGACAAACCAGAUUUAAGGUCCAAUCUCUCCUUCAUUAGCCUCGAAGAGUAUUUUGUUUCAAUCGAGAAUCUUGAUUUUCCUGUUGUUGAAACGUGUGUUUUGAAAAGUGCUUUUGACCCCACUAUCAAAACCUCAAAACCGCCAAAGUCGCUCACGAGUGAGUUGAAUUAUUCGCGAAGAAGGCCGUAUAUAUUUAUGAUCAAAUCUGAAGAUGAUGCCCAAAGUUGGUGUGAAUUGCUUUUACAAAAAGGUUUUAUGAAAUGGAACGAUAAGGUGGAUAAAGAAAAAUUACGAAAAACUCUCAACUUACAACCAGGCGAUAUCUUGGCAGUUUCAAAUAGGGCUCAUCUUCCUUAUGAAAAUCCAACUCCAUUGGGAAAAUUUAGACAAUUGGCCAUAGCUGAAUUUUCAGGAAAAUGGCAACGACCAAUUAGAAGCGAAAACGGUUUGAUUGAUACUUACGAUUUCGAUAAAACAAUUGUUGGCUCAUGGGUCGUUGACUUUCCGUUGUUCAACCCAGCAGAAACUUCUGAUGAUAUCAAUGUGCCAUAUCCCAAAUACGACAGGAGCAAGCUAGAGUCAACGCAUCAUCCAUUCACGAUGUGCAAAUCGGAUGAUUAUGACUUGUUGGAGACAGAGCCUUUGAAAGUACGAGGUGAGCAUUACGAUUUGGUAAUUAAUGGUGUUGAAGUUGGUGGUGGAUCAAGAAGAAUCCAUGAUUCGGUAUUGCAACAAUACAUUUUCGAAGAUGUUUUAAAAGUCAAUAACUAUCAAUCGUUAUUUGGGCAUUUGUUGAAAGCUUUAAGUAUGGGAUGUCCACCGCAUGCUGGUUUGGCUUUGGGAUUCGAUAGAUUAUGUGCUAUGGUAGUCGGUACUUCAAGUAUAAAGGAUGUGAUUGCAUUCCCAAAAAAUCAAUCCGGAUCCGAUCGUGUUGUUGAGAGUCCUACUGCUGUAGAUGAAAAAGUAUUGAAUGAGUAUUUCAUUACUACUAAAGUUCUGUAA